AUGAUCAUACUGGGACCCAUAAAACGGUACGUGUAUCAUUUCCAUGCAUCAGCGGGUCCAGGGAUAAACACUCCGAUGACAAUUGACUAUUCUGGAACCUGGUUCAGACGAGACGGUCUUGCCAACCACUAUAUAUGUGGUCGAUCACCAAAUUGUGAUGUAAACGAGCCCUCCAUCAACAAUCUAGAUGUGGAUGAAGAUUUUUUCGAGAAAAAUAUAUGGCCCUUCCUUGGAAAUCGAGUGAAAUCCUUCGAGAAUUUGAAAAUUAAGUCCUCCUGGGCGGGUUACUAUGACGUCAACAAAUUCGACGAGAAUGGAAUAAUUGGUCCACACCCUUUUUUCAAUAACAUGUACUUCGCCUGCGGAUUCAGUGGACAUGGAAUUCAACAGGCACCCGCUGUUGGGCGAGCUAUAGCUGAGUUGGUUGUUUAUUCGGAAUUUAGGACACUAGAUUUAGAUAGAUUAGCUUUUGAUAGGCUCAUCACGCUUGAACCUAUGCAAGAAGUCAAUAUUAUUUAACCCCUUAAACCUAGCGUCCAUACCACAUAUGGACCCACACGUCCAUACAUGUCUUUUUUCAAAAUUGAAUAUAUCCAAAAAUAUACAACUUUACAAAUUUGUGUAAACUCUAUUGUGAAGACAAAUCGCCUGCAUUUGAUUACUCCUAUAUUAUAUCUUUUUUGGACUACUGGAAAUUUGUGAAUUGCGUUCCUAUUUAGCACACGGCGAGAUUAGUAUCUAAAGGGCACCGUCCUGGAGGGAUUAAUGAUUAUAUUUCAGUUUUGUAAACAUGAAUUUAAUUAGCUUAAAUAAACCAGUUGUUUUUGUUGA